AUGAAGCUAGUAGAUUUGUCGGUUGUUGGUAACAGAUUCACUUGGUUCAGUUUUAAUGGCAGGUGCAAGACUAGACUAGACAGAUUUUUAAUUUCGGAAGGGUUGCUUAAAGAAUGGAAACUUGAUGUGAAAUAUGUAGGUGAUCGAGAUAUAUCAGGUCAUAGGCCUAUUUGGGUGAAAAGCUCUAAUUCUAACUGGGGACCUAAACUGUUCAAAUUCUAA